GAUCAAGACCACACGACACGUGCGUUUGUUUACAAGGCGAAGGCGGCCACACAGUACAUACAGCGCUGUAGAACACAUGUUGUUCUAGGAAUUCCUGCCGUCCAUUGCACAGUGAUGGAGAUAGGGGGCGUGGUGACCUACGAGGGCAGCAACUGUUUCCGGCAGAGGCUGGUGUUAUCCACCCUCAGCGGGAAGCCAGUGAGGAUCCGCAACAUCAGAGCCAAGGCGGACGACCCCGGACUGAAAGACUAUGAAGUCAGCUUCAUUCGCCUCCUUGACUGCCUCAACAAUGGCAGCAGCAUUGAGGUCAACCAGACAGGCACAGCGCUGCUCUACAGACCUGGCAUCCUGACAGGCGGACGACUUGAACACUCCUGUCCUCUCUCUAGGGGCAUAGGGUACUUUCUGGAGCCACUGUUCAUGCUUGCUCCUUUCUGCAAGUCUCCAAUCUCCAUUACGCUAACUGGCAUUACAAACAAUGAGCUGGACCCGACAGUGGACAUGAUAUGUGCGUCACUGGUGCCUGUCCUGCGGCGGUUUGUGGGCGGUGACGACGGGCCCAGUGUGAAGUGUGUGCGUCGAGGCUUGAGUCCUGGUGGAGGUGGCAGGGUUGUGUUCACCAGCCCUGUUAGGAGGAGUCUCACUGCAUUUCAGUGGAUGGACAGUGGACAGAUCAAGCGGAUACGUGGCGUGGCAUACACAAGCCGUGUGACGCCAACUGUUGCCAACAGAAUGCUGGAUGCUGCCAAGGGAAUGUUUCUUAAGUUCCUGACAGAUGUUUACUUCACAGUGGAUAAUGCUAAAGCUACUUCUCCAGGAUUUGGCCUUUGUGCAGUGGCGGAGAGUAACAAGGGAACAAUUGUGUGUGCGGAGGCAAUGAGUCGCAGCCCAGGGCAAGAAGAGGGUGUGGCUGGGGCAGCAGCCAACACGCCUGAGGAGAUCGGUCAGGAGGCAGCCAGUCGCCUGCUGGAGGAGAUCUGGCGAGGUGGCUGUGUUGAUGCAAUUGCCCAGCCAUUGCUGUUGACCUUCAUGGCUUUGGCACCGACUGAUGUGUCAAAAGCAGUGCUGGGACCUCUCACUCCAUACACGAUGCAUUAUCUGCGUCACCUGAGGGAUUUCUUCCAUGUCACUUUCAAGAUUGACGAGUACAAAGAAGAGAGAAUUGGUGAGGAUGACGGGAGCUCACUUGAAAGAAGGACAGGUGCUGCAAAGCUUGUGUUGACCUGUAUUGGUAUUGGUUACUCCAAUAUUGGCAAGGGACAGAUCUAAGUGUACAUGCAUCAAUGUGCUGUACCUAGUUCACCCUUGGUCAAGAGGAUGAGAUUGUUGGCUGCACCCUUGCAGUGAGGCUGUAACCCUCCACAUUCCAGUCAUUCGUCCUCUUGUUUCAGGAGGAUAGUGAUGAUUGCUCAUUCAAGAAAAAUCUUGAUGACCUGACCAGAUUGCAAACCUCAGUCUGCCAUGUUACAAGCAGAGAUAUUAUCACUGAGCUAGAGAUUUGUGUGUGUGUGUGUGUCUGUGUGUGCAUGUGUGUGUAUGUGUCAUUCAUCUAGUCAUCUGACCAUCUGUUUGUAUACAAAAAGAGCUCAAGCUCAUUGUGACUGACCACUCAUACACCAACCACUGGAACAGUGAUGCCACAAUCCCCUGGAUUACAUCUACUUUCUUGCUCUUGGGUGAACGCUGGCUAAACAGUUAGAGGCUUGCCCAGUAAUCAAACCUGGGCCUUCUCAGUUGUGAGUCAAGCAUUCUGGCCACUACCUUAUACAGUGUAUGCUUGUAUGUAUGUAUGUGUAUGGUAAUCUGAUCAUAUUUGCCUAUAUGCAAUAUAGUGAAUAAAGCCUCAAGUUCACCAA